CGAAACUUGAAAUCAGCGCCCGCAAGCUCAUCCCUAAAUUACUAGUUCUUGAACUAUUGCUUUGGACGGAACUGUGAGCCUGUUUCCUUUACCAAAACAACUUAGUCGAAAUGAAGCGGAAAACGAGCGAGAUCUGGUGCUUUUUCCGGGCGGUGGACGACACGUUUGCGGUGUGCAAUAUCUGCAAGGCGAAGCUCUCAUACAAGACAACCACCACGAAUCUGAGCAAGCACAUGAACAGGAUGCAUCCCACAUCGGGACUCAACCGGAACUCCAAGUACAAAUUCCAGCCGCAGACCACCAUUGCCAUCGACAGGAACAAGGCCAAGCCGCGCAAUUCAACGCAAGAGCUGAUAUUGCUGGAAUUUGUGAAGAAACAUCCGCGCCUGCUUCAGAAUCCGACGUGGGAAACACGGGGCAAUCUGGAGUCGCUGUGGGAGGAACUGUCAAACGAACUUAAUAGCCACGGUCCGCCGCGAAAAGAUAUAGCCACCUGGAGAAGGGCCUUAAAGGACUGGAAGAGGUUUAUCCUGAGAAAGGUGGAAAAGAAUGAGAUGCAGAACAUGCCUUUUGGCACCAGUCUCAGUUCGUCGGAGGAAACAAUAGCCACGCUGUGUAGGUUAAACGAGGAUGUAAGUCAGAUUAUUAUGAAAGUCUCCGACGACGAAAUGCAUGAGAAUUCCACCACGGAAUUUGAUGUUGACGAAGUAGAGGACGUGGUUCCGGAAGAAGAUGGUGACGCCCUUCAGACCUCCGCCGAGUACGUUUACGAACCGGAGGAGAACAAAACGGACAUAGAUCCGCUUUACCUGCAAUCGAACAAACGGGCUGCAUUGGCCAGCAGUCGACUGGAGGAGGAAGACACCACGCUGCUUGACAAGAUUAGCAAUAACCUAGGAAUGGUUCAAGAUACCGCCAACAGCGUUCAACUUGCACUCAAUGAAUUCUUCGUCCUUUACAAGCAGAAGCUGUACGAGGACAAGCGACAUCACUUGGCAAUUGAACAGUUAAUGGCUGAGAAAAUAGAACUGAAAAAGAAACUAUUGGAAAUCGAGCAGAAAAAGUUGUCGCUCAAAUGACGAGAUACACACAAAAUCAAGUAAUAUUAUGGUAGUUUUAAGACCCUAAUCUUUAAAUAAUCUAAGAUUCAAUAUUUUCAUUAAAAUUAUCACAUUUCUUCUUGUUUGGCCCAAGCCCACUUAAUAUAAAAAUUUAAUUUAA